GACUCUACAGCCUUGUCCCUGGCGUACGCCUCCGUUGGUGACGAUGGCUGCACUGCCAUCGCGCGCUACAUGCGGGAGAAUGUCAUGCUACGGACCUUAGACCUCCGAGGAAACAACAUCAGAGCCGAUGGUCUUGUGGUCUUGGCGCAUGGGCUUCGUACAGGCGGUGGCAACAUGACGAGUGUGUGCUUCAAGUGGAACCAGAUUGGCAGUCACCCACGGGGCAUUCAGGCAUUCUGCGACGUGCUGAAGGAAAAUCAGUCCAUCACGCACGUCGAUUUGCGGAAUAACAAGAUCGGCACAGAUUGUGGACCAUUCCUCGGCGACAUGCUCCGGGAAAACUGCACCUUGACGCACCUGGACCUUAGUUGGAACGACCUCGGGAUAGAGGGCGGAAAGGCCCUCUUGGACGGCCUCCAGGCAGGUAAGGCGGAGAUGAAGCAGCAGCAGCAGAAGAGCAUGAAUAGAAUACCAGAAGUCUUCAGCCGCGAGCACUUUCCGGCAGGAGCGUGCGAUGUCACCUUCGCAGGAUCCGGGCUCGCCCAUGGGUUCGCCCAUGUCCCCGAUGUCGGCGCACGCUCCCACAACGCCGGCCUCGCCAGGCUUCGGCAGCACCACGCCGGCCUCACCUGGCUUUGGCACGACCGCACCUUCGAUGAAGAUGGCAGCACACUGGUGGCCAUGGGCCGGUCGCUCAACAUGACCAUCGCCUCGGAGGGCGGAAUGGGGCCGACGAGCCCCAAGGAGGGUCCGCCGACCACGAGCCUUCCGCCUCUGACUCCGGCCAAGGUUCAGCCUCCAGUGCAUGACGAGGAGCCUGCAUUGGCAGCGGCCAAAGUGGCCGAGUACAUUGAUCUUCUUCAGCUUGACGUGGCGCGGAACAAGAAGUAUAGGAUGGAUGCAGAGGACUGGGAAAUGGUGCCAGUUGUCGCUGGAGUGAUAGGCUUCGACGGCUCCUUUCCUUCCCGACACGAAACUUUCAUGCUGAUGCAUCCGCUGAUGCUGAAGUCUGCACAGUUCCUUUUUGGGGGCAUUGGCGAUGGCAAGCCGGACAUGCUGCGGAUACGCCCAACACGGUGGGGACACCUGCAUGCUAGACGCAGCCGUGGGUUGCUUGUCCAGGAGCGCGAGCGUGUCGUGACCAAAGGCUUCAUGGAAAGGGAGAUGCGCUAUGCGCAGGAGAUGCGAGAGCUGGAGAACCUUCUGGCGAGGGCGAAAGCUGAGAAGGCGAGCAGGGCCUACAGUUGUGGGGUCAUGGUGGUGGUGGUGGUCUUUUUCGUUGCUCAUCAGGGCUGCUCGUGGGACAAGGCAUGA